UCAAAUUUCAGGUGCGAGAGGGAGUCGAUUGUGUCAUUGGUGAGUCGGUGCCGAAUGGAGGCAAUUGAAGCAAGAACCAUAUGGUUGUAGGAUUGGGCUGGUGGUAUGUACAGGAAGAUUUUGAUGAGGAUGAGGAUGAGGAUGAGGAUGAUGAAUGCAACUCGGAAGGUGGUAGUAGGAUGGGCGAAAGAAUAUAAAAGAUAUUUAUCCACCACCACCACGAACCAAAUAUUAUUGUCUCCACCACUUGUCUCUGUCGACCUUCCAGAAAUUUGGGGUUCCACUUCCACCCUCUAUCAUCACCAUCCCUCCCAAAGUCCUGUAUCUCACGCAAAAAUAAUUAAUGGAAAGUCUAUUGCUGAGGAAAUCACAUCAAGAGUAGCCUCUAACGUAAAAAGGAUGAAAGAGUCCAUUGGCAAAGUUCCUGGUUUGGCUGUAAUUUUGGUGGGCCAAAGAAGGGACUCAUUGACUUAUGUUCGUAACAAGAUAAAAGCUUGUGAAGAAGCUGGAAUCAAAUCUGUGGUGGCAGAAUUUCCUGACUCUUGUGCCGAAGAGGAUAUUAUGACUUCCUUGUCAAAGUUUAAUGAGGAUCCCUCAGUUCAUGGUAUCCUUGUGCAGCUUCCUUUGCCAGAGUUGGAAUACUAUCUUGAAUUUUACAAGAGAACCCUCUAUGUUCUGCAAAUGACUUGUAAAAGUUUCCUGGUACAGCAUUUGGAUGAGGAGAAGAUUUUGAAUCUGGUGAGUUUAGAAAAAGACGUGGAUGGCUUCCAUCCAAUAAAUAUGGGGAAUCUCUCCAUGAGAGGAAGGGAACCGCUCUUUGUUCCCUGCACACCUAAAGGUUGCCUUGAGUUAUUGCUUCGAUCUGGCGUGGAAAUAGUGGGAAAGAAGGCAGUAGUGAUUGGGAGAAGCAACAUUGUAGGAUUGCCUAUAGCAUUACUACUGCAGAGGCACCAUGCAACCGUCACCAUAGUACAUGCUUGCACGAAGAAUCCUGAACGGAUCACAUGCGAAGCUGACAUAGUAGUCACAGCAGCUGGGGUACCUAGUCUGAUUCGUAGCAGUUGGCUGAAGCCGGGUGCAGUUGUUAUUGAUGUUGGGACUUGUCCAGUUGAGGAUCCCAGCGCAGAGUAUGGAUACCGUCUUGUAGGAGAUGUAUGCUAUGAAGAAGCAUUGAGUAUAGUAUCUGCAGUGACUCCAGUACCCGGAGGAGUUGGACCAAUGACAAUUGCCAUGCUUCUGUGCAACACUCUUGAUUCUGCCAAACGGCUGUAUGGCUUUACGUGACCAGCAGGUCUCAUUAUGAAUGGCUCGCAAUUUAUUUAAUAUCUACAAAGCUUUAGCUCGGUUGUAUUUUACGGUUUCUUCUCAUCAUUUUUGCAGUCCCCAUCUUACCUUAACAAUCAACUAGGGAGUAAGGACUUUUUUGUCUCAUUAUUUAUUCUUUUUGCUUUCAUUUUCUAAAUAAUUGGUAAAUUGCAAAAGCAAAUUAUUAGGAAACAAAAUCACUUCUUUA